CAGGGAAUCAUGCUGCCUCCGUCAAGAAGGGAUUUUGUAUCUCUGACUCUCAGCGAAAGUGGCAGCUACACCAACAGCAAGCAAUGGCGGCGUGAGUCGUGCUGAGAGUGAAAAUGGAAACAGCUGUCCAGAUUGCAGCGCAGCCUGAUCCUGUUUACACUCAUGCUGUUGUUGGUUUGUGGAAUUGCCACAUCUCCCACUCUUAUAGGGCACUGGAGAGGUGAGAUGCUAAACGAGAAUGAUGGAAAACAGCCAUUUGUCGUCAACCUGAAAAAUGAGUACAAGUCCAUUCUUCACGAGCCACCCUCUGAGAAAAAGGACUACCGUAGGCGUGGACCUCCUGUCUUUCAGAACUGUUUUCAAACCAAAACAAAUGUUUAGAGUCUGUUGGGAGUAGAAAAUCAGGAACUGGACCUGAAGAAUGCAGAUAAAGGAUCUGAAGGAGGAAAGCCAAUCAUUAGUUGGCGUGGAGCUGUGAUAGAAGAAGAACAGGCAUCUGAUACUGACACCAAAGACACAGAAAUCCAAGACGACGCAGCUUCAUUAGCACUUGCUGAGAGCAGAUUGGAGACUGUAAGGGAAGCCUUAAGACAUGCCUGGAAGGGUUACAAGAACUUUGCUUGGGGUCACGAUGAGCUAAAACCAAUCUCUAAAUCAUAUGGAGAGUGGUUUGGACUUGGGCUGACCCUAAUUGAUGCUCUGGACACCAUGUGGAUCUUGGGUCUCAAAGAGGAGUUUGCAGAGGCCAGGGAGUGGGUGGCCAAAGAGCUCUCCUUCGAUAAGAACGUGGAUGUUAAUCUGUUUGAGAGCACCAUUCGUAUACUGGGUGGCCUUCUGAGUACUUACCAUCUCACCGGAGACUCCUUGUUCCUGGAAAAAGCUAAAGAUAUUGGCUCCAGACUGAUGCCCGCCUUUACCACUGCCUCAAAUCCCUAUUCGGAUGUGAAUAUAGAAGGGACGGCUCAUCCACCGCAGUGGACUUCAGACAGUACCGUAGCUGAGGUCACCAGCAUUCAGCUAGAAUUCAGAGAGCUCAGUCGACUUACCGGAGACCCCAAAUACAAGCUGGCUGUAAUGGAGGUGAUGAAGCAGGUGCAUAAUUUGGAUGGAAAGCAAGAUGGGUUAGUGCCGAUGUUUAUCAAUACCAACAACGGGCUGUUCACGCAUCAGGGCACUUACACAUUGGGCGCCAGGGCUGACAGCUACUACGAGUACCUACUGAAGCAGUGGAUACAAGGAGGCGAGACUGAGAAUGAAUUGCUGGAUGACUACCUCCUGGCUGUGGAAGGUGUGAAGAAAAACCUCCAAAAGUCCACUCCUUCUGGCCUUACAUUUGUAGGAGAACUGUCCCAUGGCCACUUCAGUCCCAAAAUGGACCACUUGGUUUGUUUCCUGCCUGGCACACUUGCACUUGGGGCACAUUACGGCCUUCCUGCUGAUCACAUGGAGCUGGCAAAACAGCUGAUAGAGACUUGCUACCAGAUGUACGCCCAGAUGGAGACGGGUCUGAGCCCGGAGAUAGCUCAUUUCAACAUGCAUGAGAGCAGCACACAGGAUGUAGAUGUAAAGAUUGCAGACCGACACAACCUUCUGCGGCCAGAGACUGUAGAGAGCCUCUUCUACAUGUACAGGUUCACUAAGGAUAAGAAGUACCAGCAGUGGGGCUGGGAGAUCCUUCAGAACUUCAAUAAGUACACAAGGGUUCCCACCGGAGGUUAUACUGUCUAUACAACGUUAAGUGACCCAGCCAAUCCCAAUCCUCGAGACAAGAUGGAGAGCUUCUUCCUGGGUGAGACACUCAAGUACUUCUACCUGCUGUUUUCCAAUGACUCAGACCUUAUCAGCUUAGACAAGUACAUCUUCAACACUGAAGCCCAUCCUCUGCCAAUAUGGCCACAAGCAGCACCCGCGGCAUGCACGUGCAUAACCAAACACACCUCUCUCAGGGCCAUGAACACAUUUGAUAUCCAAACUGCCAUGUUUUUCUACACUAUGAACUCUUUGUAAUCGAAAGUAACUAACUGGUGAAAAAAAAGUUAAAAUAGCCAUGACAGAAACUGUUUGUAGAUGUGUAGUUUCUGAUUGUACUAGUUAUCUGUAUGUUUCUAUUAAUAGAGUUUCUGAAUUUUUUACUCUAUUUAUGCUAUCGUGAUGCUGUCGAUCAGCUAUUGAAUCAUUAUGUGCAGUCUUUUAGCCCAAGCACACGGACAAAAAUGUUCAUACUGUGAAACCGUAUGGGGACUGCAAGCACUUUAUGGUGUGUUUUGAGGUUUUAGUGUGUGUGCGCGCGUUUUCUUAUUAUGAAAGAAUUGCUGUUGUUUAGGGAGUGUUUCGCCAUCAUCUGAUGGUCUGUUUAGCUUUGUAGAAAUUUUCUUUUAAAUCAUAAGUUUGUUGUUUUCCAGAGCUAAUAUCGCCUAUGCCAUCAUUGAAACAUUCGGUAUUGUUAUCAGGCAGCACUGUAUGAUUUUAUCUUGCGAUCAAGCACACGCAAGGGGAGAUGUUUGUUUUUAUUAAUUAUUUAAUCAUUUUGAGCUAAAACCCCAAACGUGCUGAGGGAUUUUUAAAAUGUCAUUCCUGUGAAUAGGAGAAAUAGUUUUGGGUUUUUUUGACCUUGGUGUUAGUUAGAGGCUUCAUUAUUAUUUUUAUAUAUUAAAUAUGUCUUCUUUUGAUGUUGAAACUCACUAGCAGGUGAACCAUUAUUUUUUUUUUUGUCCAAUUUGGUCCCACUCGUGAUUGUAGUCAGAAUAGAGCGUUAAUCAAGCACAAUGUUUUUAAGGGCAUAUAUUAUGGCAGUUUUCAGUCUUUCAGGGACCUAGAUCAGAUGUGAUUUGUGUAGUAUUUGUGUAUGAAGAACUUUAUGGUAUUAGUAGAUUGUUUUGUAAAAUAUGAAAAAUUGGAUUUUGUUUUCUUGGGGUGGAUUUCUUACAACUUUAAUAUUCCGAAUGUUUUCUUGCAGGAAGAACAGUGAAAUGUUUGCUAUUCAUUUUGCUACUUGUUGCUAAACAGUUUGUGGUCCUGAGCUUAAAUAGAAUAGAAAAAUAUUUUUGACCAUCAUAUAAUAUUCCUACUGUUUACAGAUGUACUACGUGCAUUGUAUUUAAAAAUUGUGAUUGAAAAUUACGGCCUGGUUUUAUAGACAGGAUUGGGUCAUAGUUCACUUAGGACACUUAAGUAAUUUUAACUUGCAUUUUAGAUCAGUCAGUGCAAGUUUCUUUCCGUUGAAAUAGAAAAGAUUUACAUUAAAUCUGAAACAAGGCAUAAGAUUUGUCUGUGAAACAAGGGGUAUAUUUCACUGUGGAGAAUCUUACAUUAACAUCCAUUUUAGCUAGUAUGUACAUUAAAACCAUUGGAGAUGUUCAUAAAGGGCUGAUCAUUUAC